AAGAUGGCGAUGCAACGGGCGAAGCGGGUCAUUGCGACUGCUGCCCUUACAUUUACAAUAUGUGCCUUCAUAUGCAUGGUUGUCGCGUUUGCGACACCACACUGGCUCGAGAGGUUCCCUCACAAACGAAUGACAAGGGUAUUUGUGAGAAUGGGUCUGUGGGAAGUAUGUUUUGACAACUGGACCUACUACAAAGAUUACCUGGGAAAGCAAUACAACGGUUGCUGGUGGAUCUUCCACUUUGAGUACAGGCCCGUGUGGAACUGGCUCAAUCCAAAAUGGCUGUUGGCUGUCCAGAUCAUGAUGUCUCUAGGCUUGAUUCUGCACAUGCUGACUGUGGUCAUGAACAUAAUGUACUACGUGCGUUGCUGUCCCAAAGAGAAGGAGAAGAAAUAUGUCAUGGUCAGCAUGGUCAUGAUGUGGCUUGCAUCUGCCUUCAUUUCCAUAUCGGUGACCAUAUUUGGAAUAAAGGCUGACAUCGACCGACAAUGGCUUCCAAACCCUGACUCGAACUUCCUGUCCUGGUCUUUUGGAUGUGCUGUGCUGUCUGGAUUUUUCUCCAUUUUCUCCGCCAUGUGUUUGAGUGUCGACCACCUGAGGAUCAAGGAGGAGGAGGAGAGAGCCAACAGGGGACCCGCUUAUGCUGUCAAACCUAAUCCUAGAUUCUAGAUUUGUGUCAACUGGAAUGUGUGAUUGUCAGAGGUUGUGAAGAAAUGAACGGAAUAAUGAAAGAAUCUGGUGUGGUAUGAUGCUGUACAAAUUUUUGUUAAGUUGGGAGUGUUCUGUUUGUACCUGUGUGAUAGUUAGUAAAAGCUGAGUGGUGGUUGACAUAGAGGGAAAAGUUGUGACCUUUCUUGGAAGAUGUUAUAGUGGUGCGUGCAUGCAUGUUGACAAGGGUGAUCUGAUGAAUAUAACGUAAUCUUUAUUUGGUGAAGCCAUUUUUGAUUGCUGAGAUAGGUCAAUGAAUAUGAAGGAAUUUCAGAAUGUUGUAAAAAAAAUUGUUGAAUACAGUUUGAUUGAAAGGUUGAAUUAACUUACUGUAACAUUCUUUUUCUUUGGCCUACGCUUUUUUAUAAAAGAUUUUUUAUUUUAAUGUAUUGUUAGAGUAUUUUGUUUUUACCUUUUUUUUCUUUUCUAUCCUUAUCAUCAGGCUUUCCUCUACAGUAUUUGUGGUGACUUUUUAUUUUGAUCUUUUAAAAUAUUUUUUUAUUGACUUAUUUAUUAUUAUUCUUUUUUUGUAAUUUGAUAGUUUUGAAGUUUGCUAGAUUGGGCUGUCAAUGAUUUUUCUCAUACCCUUUUGUCAAAUACAAUGCUUACCUAUAAAUUUGAUUUAGAUAUUAAUAAUCUGAUCCUUGACAUUAAUGUAACAGGAACAUUCCAUUUACAGUAUUUUGAUUUAGUGUAAGGUUUGGAUUUUCCCAGACUUAUGAGGAAUACUAGCAGAUGGACAUAAAAUGUGUGUUUGAAUCUUUAUAUUUUUUAAGAGUGGAAUUGUUCUGUGAGGUUUUUUAAAGGUUCAUUCCCUAGACCAAGCUGCUGGAUUGAAGUUUGAUCUGUGAAUAUGAUUUAUUUGGGUUCAGAUCUAUUGCAAUACGUGCAAUUGUUAUCUGGUUUAAACUAAAGAUAGUUGAAUGGAAGUUUUUUAGACUUGUAAUAUGAUUCAAAAUGCAUAAUUUGGAAUGUCUCGAAAAAAUUUUUCUGGGAAAUCGGUAAUGUUAUUAUCAAACUAGAUACAAGAUGAUGGUUUGCUUUUUAUCCCUUUAACCUAAGAUUUAGUAAUAGGUAGUGCAGUUCCUUUUAUUUAGAUUUAUUUUUUGGUCCAAAGAGUACCCAUUAGGUCUUGUUUUGAAGACAACCGUUUAAAAAACUGUAUAAAUUGAUUGUAAAUAUACCAUUUCCAUCAAAAAGCUUCCUUUCUUGUUAAGAAGACAUUUGUAAAUAUACAGACAUAAAUUCAUAUUAAUCUCUCUGUUUUAUUUUAUUGACUCAAAUGUUUCUAUUAUAGUGCUUUAAAGCUAUCAAAAAAAGGUCAAAAGUUAUGUUUGACUGUAGCCAUUCCAUGCACUGACAUUCCAUUUUCUACGCUUUUUAAAGUUAUCAAAUACAGCAAUGAAUUUUGGCCUUAUUGAAUAAACAUUUAUUAACAUUCAAGUCAAUAAAGUACAAAAUCUAUAACCUG